CUAAAAUACAUGCUACGCACUUUAAUAGUUGCAUCACCGUGCAUUCUAAUAUGCAUAUACGUAUCAUCAGAAGAGCACGAGUAGUAUAACGUAUACAACAAAAGUGCUGAUAUGAAGAUAUGUUUUCAUAAACAUUGAUAAUGAGUUAAGUAGUAUAUUGGUAGAAAUAUCGUUUACAUUUGUCUGAGUGUUGUGUAAUUUUUAUCAAGAUUGCAGUUCUGAAGGAUAUUUAGAGUAAUACUUAUUCUUUUUGGUGACCUCUGUUAUAACGAAGUGUCUAUGGAUGAAGAUAUUAAUAUUCUGCUUAGUAUCCUACAUUUGCUUGAUUCAUAGUUGGGCAACCGUAACUAGCAACGGAACAUGUAGGUGCCACAGAGGAUUUAUCGCUACUCCAGGAAAAAGUGGAGAAUACAUGUGUUACGGUCUGUACUUAAAAAUAAUAAUGCCCUGCAAUACCCCAGAGUAUCCUCUUUGCAAAUGCACGAACGCCACUGCGGUGGUUGUUGAUGCCACUGGACCAAGAUGCAGUAAAUUCAAGACUGGAAAGGAAUCUGAAAAAUGGCCAUGCGAAAACACCGAAGAAUGGGCUGUAUUCAAAGAGAGGUGGGCAAUCAUGUUUAGAAGAAGUGCAAUUGCCUGAUUAUCAUUUCAUCCAUAUCAUUUUUAAUACCUGAUGGACUACAGUGAGUAUUUUGACACUUCGAUCAAUGUAACUAUUUUGGCCAAUACAUCACAGUACACAAUGCACAGUUCUUUUUAAC